AUGGCCUUCCCUUUCGAUCUCGCACACCAGCCAUUAUCCUCGGCCUCGUCAUCCUCAUCUCUUGUGAUUCCCGAGACGCAAAAGACAACACUAUGGAUGGGUGAACUAGAGCCAUGGAUGGAUGAGCAGUAUCUCCGGCAAUUGUGGUUCAAUUUGAACGAAACGGUCAUGGUGAAAGUGAUCCGGGACAAAGUUACUGGAGCCAGUGCUGGGUACGCCUUUGUUGAUUUCGGAUCAACUAUGAAUGCGCAGCGAGCCCUGAAUACUUUCAACGGGACCAUUAUUCCAAACACUCACAAGCAGUUUAAAUUGAACUGGGCAUCUGGUGGUGGUCUUAUUGAUCGACGUGAGGAUCGACAACCCGAAUAUUCCAUCUUUGUUGGUGACUUGAGCCCUGAAUGUACCGAACUUGGUCUCUUGGGUGUCUUUCAAGCACAUUAUCGCUCGUGUAAAUCUGCAAAGAUUAUGACGGAUCCAAGGACAGGAUUGACUCGAGGAUAUGGAUUUGUACGAUUCUCGGAUCAAAAUGAUCAACAGCGUGCGUUGAUGGAGAUGCAAGGUUACAUCAUCGGUUCUCGUCCUAUUCGUGUCUCAGUAGCAACCCCAAAGAAUCGUUCACAUUCAUCGAUUUCCUCGCCUCCAACGAGAUCACCACGACAACAACCAGCUUCAGUACUUCCUGAUCCCAGCAACACCACUGUAUUUGUUGGCGGUUUAUCAGCUCCUAUUCGCGAAGAUGAAUUGCGACAAUAUUUCAGUCCAUUUGGUGAUAUUAUGCAGGUCAAGAUUCCACCUGGAAAGGGUUGUGGUUUUGUUCAAUAUGUUCAUAGACAAUCAGCUGAACUUGCUAUCCAACAAAUGAAUGGUUAUCAAAUCGGCAAUUCCAGAAUUCGCUUGUCCUGGGGUCGUUCGCAGAGUGAUUGUGCAAACAAGUUACUUCAACAGCAACAGCAAUUGGCACUCAAUGCUCAACACAGCGUAUUGACUCCUCCAACUAUGCCAAUGGGAUUGACUCGACCACCUCUUUACCCACCACAAACACAGCCAUUGAGAAAUGUUGCACCCUACGCAGGUCUUCGUUAUGCAUCACCACCAACGAUGCCUCAAAGCCCAAACCAGCCUCAAUCCCUUUCAGCCAAUUUGGACAUGAGCCUUCUAUCUAAUCCACCUACGACCACGUUACGUACACCGUUCGCUCAGCUAGAUCAAUACGCGACCAAUGAUCCUCUUGAUCUUGUGGCCGAAGAGGAUGUUCUUUCAACUGCAAGGUUGUUUCUAGACAAAAAAGCCAACAAUGCAGCAGCAGCAGCCUGGAGACUCAACCAGGUGUAUGCCCAGUAA